CGCAUCCGUGAACACACGUCCUUACGGCCACCAUACGCCGCUACACGCGACGCGCGCGUUUCGAACGUAGUGCACUCGCGACCGGUUCGCCGUAGCCGAUGAGCAAACAGUGACAUCUCGAUUAUUGUGCUGUGUGACUUACAGUGAAACGCUCAGUGUGUACUUGUGAGUGAUGGAUUACGGAUCACACGAGUGCUGACGCCGGGCCUGGACCCGACGUAUAUGCCCCGGCGCCGCUAGCCCGGACGCGCCAGCAUGCGCGCCCCCGCGGUGCUCAUCGCCCUGCUAGGGUUUCUACCCCAGGUGCUGACGUCUGGUUCAUUCGAACUUAGGAUAAAAAGUUUUACGAACUCGUUGGGUAGGUUAAGUAGUGGCCAGUGCUGUGAUGGUUCCUCAAGUAGUGAUGCGCCGUGUUUGGCGCCGUGCAGGACUAAAUUCCGCGUGUGCCUCAAGAUUUAUCAAGCGAAUAUUGAUACAACAUCACCGUGUACGUUUGGUGACAUUACGACACCAGUGUUGGGUGGAAACUCAUUGGAUGUGCCGAACCUCAACGUGGAGGGGUUUAGUAAUCCCAUCGUCUUUCCCUUCGACUUCACAUGGCCGGGCACCUUCUCGCUUAUAGUCGAAGCGUGGCACGACACGAACGAAACGUCCAGAUCUGAUGAUACCCUAAUCGCGCGGAUGACGAAGCAGAGCAUUGCUGACGUGGGGGGUCCAUGGGUGGAGGAGGAGCAACGAUGGGGCGGCGCUGGUGGGGCCCACCUCAGGCUGUCCUACCGGGUCACCUGCGCCGCCCACUACUACGGAGCGGGAUGCGAAGUCCUCUGCAGGCCGAGGGAUGAUGCCUUCGGACACUACACCUGUUCUUCCUCUGGGGAGAUCGUCUGCAGAACGGGCUGGACCGGGGAUUACUGCUCGAAACCGAGGUGCUUGCCCGGCUGCGACGCAGAGCACGGCCACUGCCUCAAGCCCGACGAGUGCAUUUGUCACACGGGCUGGGUGGGCGAGCUCUGCGACCAGUGCCAGCGGCAUCCGGGCUGCUUCCACGGCACCUGCUCCAAGCCCUGGGACUGCAUCUGCGAGGAGGGCUGGGGCGGGCUGUUCUGCAACCAGGACCUCAACUACUGCACGAACCAUCGACCGUGCAAAAACGGGGGGACUUGUCACAACACCGGCCAGGGCAGCUACACCUGCGUCUGCCCCCCGGAGUUCACCGGGCUCAACUGCGAGAAGUCCCUCCAUUCCUGUGCCGUUCGACCGUGCCUGAACGGAGGAGCGUGCGUACAAGAGGGCAAGGAACUGGUGUGCGCGUGCCCCUCCGGAUACGAAGGAGCCCAAUGCGAAACGCGAAUUCUGACCUGCGCCGACCAGCCGUGCCGGAACGGCGGCAGCUGCGAAACACGAUCGUCCGGCUACGUUUGCGUGUGCCCACCUGGAUUCGCCGGACCCGACUGCGCGAUGGAAGCCGAUCCGUGCGCUGGAAACCCUUGCAGAAACGGCGCGACGUGCUCCCGGGCCGGCGACAGCUACCGAUGCUCCUGCAAACCUGGAUUCAAGGGCAACCGAUGCGAAAUCGACAUCGACGACUGCGCAGGGAUCGUUUGCGAACACGGCGGGACCUGCGUGGACCUGGUGAACGACCGACGCUGCCAGUGCGCGCCCGGCUUCGUGGGGGCUCGCUGCGAGACGCGCGUAGACUUAUGCUUAGCGAAGCCCUGCGCGAACGGCGGCAAGUGCCUGGUGCUGGACAACGACUACGAGUGCCGUUGCUUACCCGGUUUCGCUGGAAAGGACUGCAGCAUCGACAUAGACGAGUGCGAUUCAUCGCCCUGCCAGAACGGAGGAACGUGUCGCGACCGAGUGAACGGCUACCACUGCGACUGUUCCGCAGGGUGGGGCGGGAAAUCGUGUACGGUGUUGCUAGCGGACUUUGUUUCCAAACCGGCGGGGGAUCAUUUGAAGCGAGUGGGGGAUAACAUGGGGGAGGAGGAGAGUUUGUCGGGCCGCCACGUGGCGUUGAUAGCGGCGCUGUCGGCGUUGGUGCCGGCGGUGGCGUUGGCGGCGGCGGUGGCGGUGGCGUGUGUGAGGCGGCGACGGAAGCGUGCGCAGAACGCGGCCGAUGCCGAGGCGCGGGCGCAGAACGCAGCCAACGCGGGGGGAGGGGGGCGGGUGAUCCGCAACACGUGGGGCAAGUGUGACGCGCCCGCGGCUGAGUGCCAGAACGCUCACAACGCCGCGGCGGAGGAGUGCAAGCGCAAGACGCUUAAUACUGAGAGCGCGGCGCGGCUUCUGGCUGCGCUCGACCCGAGGCUCUCGCGGCUAUCCGCCGACUCCGCGUAUUGUGCUAAUAGCGAUACAUCGCUCGUGAAGCGGGCGCUGGAAGGCGGAGGGGUGUAUGUGCUCGACGACCACUGCUUACCGCCUACGUUUGCCACGCAAGUGUAGUGCUCGACCUCCCCCAGUGGACAAUAUAACUUAUUUAUUCAACGGACGCUCGUGCGAACCAGGCUGUGCGCCGCUUGUAAAUAUAGAGAUAAAGUGUAAAGUGACACCUGUAUAAACGGCUAGAUUUAAUCGUCGGUGUAUUUAUUUGCGAUUCGUACGCCCUGUAAAUAGUAAUGGCGGGACGGAUCGCGUUUUCCGCCCUAUAUCGGUGAACGUCGCCUGGAAAACGGACGCGUAACGUACACGUGAUCGCUCCGGAGCCAGCCUUGCGGCUGCGGUUGCCAGAGUAUUAUUAUCAUUAUUCGCCGAAUAUCUUCGCCUGUCAAACUUUGGAUCAAAAUUCACUGCCAGUUCUGGCAGCCGCGGCCGCAACCGCUCGGGCGAGGACCGCGUUCGCCGAGGGGCCGGGUGGACUUGUCCACCGUCUGCGAUCUCUGUAGGUAACGGUGUGAAGCGACGCCGAUGCACUACGGUCCGAUGCGCGGCACGCCCCGCGGGGCAAUACUGACCACUCAACCUCUACCGAUCCGAAACUUUAUUCUUCGAUCUGUCUCAUUUCCAACCGUUUCCAUUUCGACUCACUCGCUCAGUAUCGCCCCGCGGAAUCUCGCACUACUAACACUAUCCCCUCGACUCGCACCAGUACAGAAACCAAACCGUGCGUAAAAUAAGAUUCUUAGCCUAAUUUAUGAAAAACGCGAAUGAUGCGUUCAUCAGUUUUACAUUGAUUUAUUUGUGAUUGACUAAUUAUUGUCGUUUGUUCCUAUGAUUUAUUAUAGUGAAAGUUAUAUUUCAGUUAAAAUCUUGUUCAGGUUUUCUUGAAAAUCGACAUAGAUUUUUUCACCCUUUUUAGCUUCCGUUCUUGGGAUGUAGAUCACAGUUAGCACAAUAACUUAACGUUCCUGCCUGACGGUCAUUCUUGGUCUCUCUAUAUCGAUGUUCCAUAUAGAGGGGGCGGGAGUCGCCGUCGGAAAAAAUCAGUUGUGAAAAUCACGCGCGUUGUUAGUCCAUAGGUUAAAUAUCAGGAGUACUUAUAAGAAACAAAUGUCGAAACCUAAGUCAUGUAUAGAAAAAACUAUUAAGUUUUAGAAUUGUAAGUAUAUUCUCCAUUACUUUCGUAAGAGUACUGUGACAAUAUUAUUUGUGUCAUCAGGCAACAUAGGACUCGAUAUUUCAGGUUGUUUUAACUUAUUUAUUUUAAUAGGUACAGUUCUUGAAAUAUGUUGUGUUUAUAGGUUCGCUGGAUGCGCCACAAGCCCCAUAGGGCCUGUCGCUCAUCGAUCGAACCGUUUAUGAAAUAAUUUAUGUUAAAUUACCGUUUUAUAAAACUCUUGUAGAUAUUAUUUGGUAAGUGAUAGGCGUUACCUCUUAUGUUGCCUUUUGUACCAGGACGUAGAUUAAAAUGGUAAAAGGACAAUUGUAAAAUUUAUAUUGAGAUAUGAAUAGACUGAUGAUCAAUAAUAAUGUUCUUGUAUUUAAUUUUGUAAGAUGACAAAUUGUAAGUUUAAAUUAUGCGGAAAUAGUAAUACACAGACAAUUGUACUAAUAACAUAAUGUUUUGUACUUAAAAUUGAUCACAGUGAACUUCUUUCAUUUUUCUUUUUGAGAAAUUUUAAUGAUUCCAUUUAUAUGUAACUUAACUGUGCACCAGACCAAUAAAAUGACAGUAUUUUAAUUAAUUUAUUGAUACUUAAUUACAUUAUUGUGAAUUCCCUUAAUUUUUAUUAGAGAAAUCAUUGAUUGAAUUAUUUUUUGAGCUUUGUUUACAAUUGACUGAAGCGAAUUGACUUCUUGAUUAUUUUGGACGCAUUUUACUUAAAAAUCAUGAAUGUAUUUGUAUUAGGAUCUGUGAGUAUACUGAAAGUAACAAAUUCAAAUCAUUCCACUAGCUUUAUCUUUUAAAAUCUUAUUCUUGCUAUUUUCUUAAAUUGUUUAUUUUGCAUGCGAGACCAGUGAUCAUUAUGUAUUGCAGAGUACAAUCUGUCUUUCUAUUUACUUUAGUAUAUUCACAUAUUUUCGAUUUCAAAAGAAAAAUGAAAGUAAUAGUUAAUUGUCAAUAGUUGGAAACUUGGAAGUAAUGUGUAAUUCCAUAGAUAUAUUCACACAAGUCAUUGUAUGGCUGGCGGUGCCUGGGUGGCCAGGCACUGCACCAGUGAUAAUUUGCCAGCGAGUGUAUGUGACGAAUUAAUAAUGUGCAGCGAGACAGCGGAAAAUAAAAUGUUAAUAAACAAUUGUUUACAAAAGAUUA